AUGGUCCAAGAAAUGAUUUCCCAUCAUUAUGUGUUCCAUUUAAUGAACCUCAUGGAAAUUCAUCUGAUAAGAUUGGAUUACGAAAUACAACUGAUUUUGAUAAAUUCUUUCGUACAUAUUCAUAUGAAUUAUUGACUGCAAGUGGAUAUGCUUUGAGUCAUCAUAAAGAUAAACAUGGCAUAACUCAUUAUAAAAUAUAUCGGAAACCAAGAUACUUUUCGGAAUCUUCCGAGGAGAGUUCAGAAGAUAGUGAUAGAUUUAAUCAAAUAUUUCAUGACAUUAUUUCUUCUCCAAAUGGCUCCCCAAACGAAUAUAUUCAAAUUUCAUCGUCACGAUGGGAGAAUCAACAUCAUUUAACAUCCAGUAAUUCGAUAAUAAAGAAUAUGAUCCAUGAUUCUAGUUGGAUUUCAAAAUGUCAGCUUAUGCCCACAAACCCAGAUAUAUUUAUAAAUUUGGAAUUAUCAUAUUCCUAUUCUUUGUUUGGUCAUGAUAUGGUGACUGGUGACUUUAAUGGCGACGGAUUUCAAGAUUUAGCGAUCAGUGCACCCCUGUAUGAUGAAAACACAAAUGUUCCUCAUACGGGUGCAGUAUUUAUUUUAUAUGGCAAAUCAACAUUACGACCAUCACCUACAUUAACAAACAUUCUCGAACUCUCUGAUCAAAUCUUGUAUGCAAUUGACCCUCUUCCUCAGUCCAGAUUCGGUUGGUCUUUGGCUGUAGUAGAUUUAAAUUCAGAUGGAGUAGAUGAUUUAGCAAUCAGUGCACCAUCAUUUAGUUCUAACCUAUCUGGAACCGGAAAAGUUUAUGUGUAUUUUGGACAUGCAAAACCUAGUGGAAUAUCAAAAUUAUUAAGAACAUAUGAAAUUGGAUUGUCUCAUUAUCCAGAUUUAGAGAUUUCAACAGAUGCUAAAACAACAAAACAUGAUUGGAGGAUUGAUCAAAUGGGUCAAGCCUUGGCUUCAGGAGAUGUUGAUAAUGAUGGAUUUAGAGAUUUAUUGAUUGGGUGUCCGUAUUGUGGACCUCACAAUCGAUCAAAG